UCAGGGUGUGGCUCUGAGAACCAAAUCCUCACUGCUCACUCCUGUCCAGACCGCUGAAGACCGCAGCUCCUCUCUCUAACUUCAACCGAGCCGUACCAGGAUCAUGUCUGACCCAGAGUCUGCCACCAUUCCGGAACCCUCCACCCGCCCGCCCCCGGUGUCCCACCGAGGGCGUAGCGCCGCUCCUGUGGCCAACUCUAACUCCGCCGACGACGAGGUGUUGGAGUUCGAGCCCUUUGGCCUGAUGCCCCGGGGUCCCCCACCGCUCGCGGAGUUCCUGGACGUGUGGGAUGUCAACAUGCUGCGGAGGUCAGACGAGGUCAACAAGCAGCGUCACCACACCCACCUGUACGCCAGCGACUCUCUCAUCGUGCGCCGCGGGCAGGAGUUCCAGGUCAAGAUCACCUUCAACCGGGCCUACAAGCCUGACGACGACAAGUUCGCUGUCGAGUUUGUUAUUGGGAGCAGUCCUCAGUUCAGCAAGGGCACCUACAUGCCCGUGUUCCCCGGGGGGGAUCGCCAGGGCACGUGGACGGGCCGUGUCCUGGACAGCGCCGACAACGUGGUCACCAUGGGCGUCACGCCGGCGCCAGACUGCAUUGUGGGAAAGUACAGCAUGUUUGUGGCGGUGGUGACACCGUACGGGAUCCGCCGGACCAGGAGAGAGGAGAGCAGGAACCUCUAUGUCCUCUUCAACCCCUGGGUGUCAGGGGAUGCUGUGUUCCUGGAGGACGAGGCUGAGAGGAAGGAGUGCAUCCUGGAGGAGGACGGGAUCAUCUACCACGGGUCCUUCGACGACGUGUCUGAGAGACUCUGGAACUACGGACAGUUUGACUACGGGGUCCUGGAUGCCUGCCUGUACAUCAUGGACAGGUCAGAGAUGCCCAUCACCAACAGAGGAGACGCCAUCAAGGUGGCCAGGAAGGCCUCGGCCAUGAUGAACUCCCGUGACGAUGACGGUGUGCUGGUGGGGAACUGGAGCGGCGACUACACCUACGGGGUGUCUCCCACUUCCUGGACGGGCAGCACGGAGAUCCUGCUCAACUACUCGGGCAGCAGGAUGCCCGUGUGCUACGCGCAGUGCUGGGUCUACGCUGCCGUGUUCAACACCUUCCUCCGUUGCCUUGGCAUCCCAUCACGGGUGGUGACCAACUUCUACUCUGCCCACGACAACGACGGCAACCUGAAGACGGACAUCAUCCUGGACGAGGUCGGCAGGGUGGACCGCGCCCGCACCAGAGACUCCAUCUGGAACUACCACUGCUGGAACGAGUGCUUCAUGACCAGACCUGACCUCCCUGCAGGGUUUGGGGGCUGGCAGGCUGUGGACGCAACCCCCCAGGAGACCAGCGAUGGGAUGUACCGGUGUGGCCCUGCAUCAGUCCAGGCCAUCAAACAUGGACAGAUCUGCUACCCGUUUGAUGCAGCAUUUGUCUUUGCUGAGGUGAACAGCGACGUGGUGUUCUACUCCCGGAGCAGAGACGGAACCCUGACUCCGGUCAGGGUGAACACCAGCCACGUGGGCCGCACGAUGCUGACCAAAGCUGCGGGCAGCAGGGACAGCCGUGACAUCACCGACCAUUACAAGUUCCCCGAGGGCAGCGAGGAGGAGCGCACCGUGCUGGAGAAGGCGGAGGAGUUCGGCUGCAACCGUGAGAGCGUGGUCCUGGCCGAGGCCGACGUGGUCCUGGAGCUGCCCCCCCUGGAGGUCAGGGUGGGCGAGGACUUUGACCUGACCCUGCAGCUCUCCAACAGGAGCGAGAAGCCGCGCGUCAUCAACGGUUACGUCAGCGGGACCGUGGUGUACUACACCGGCGUCACCAGCUCGGAGUUCCUGUUCAAGACCCCCCGGAUGACCCUUGACCCCAUGCAGACUAAGAAGGAGGUUGUGCCCAUCCUCUACAAGGACUACCAGAAACACCUGGUGGAGCAGUCCAACCUCCACUUCAUCGUCACCGGGAAGGUCAAGGAGACCGGCCAGAUCGUCACGGCGAUGAGAGUGGUCGCUCUGCGCAACCCCGAGAUCAUUGUGCAGGUGUCUGGAUUGGCCCGUGUCAGUGAGGAGAUGAUGGUGUUGUUGGAGUUCACCAACCCCUUCAGCUUCAGUCUGGAGGACGUGUACGUGCGCAUGGAGGGGCCUGGAGUGAUGCUCCCCAAAAAGAAACUCUACAGUCUGAUCACAGCAGGCCAGUCCAUUACAUGGACGGAGAGGUUCACCCCCAGGAGAGCUGGGCCCACCACCCUGAUAGCCAGCCUGGACUGUGCUGCUCUCAGGCAGGUGUACGGCCAGGCUCAGCUCACCAUCCAGCCCUGAGGACGACACACCUGUUACCAUGUCUACCGUUUCAGAUCUCUAUCUCUCUCUCUCUGAUUUUGUCUUUCUUAUUUCUCCCCGUGUUACAAUCUAUGAACUAGUUGACUAUGGUACAAGCAAUACACCUUUACAUUAGUAGAUAAAAAAACAAUCAAAACAGAACAAAGUAGAACAAAAUAAGUCACUUGUUUUAGCUUAACUUUCUAUUACAGAUGAGUUUUCCAUUUUUCAUCUUCCACAAUAAAGAGAUUUACAUGAG